UUGAUGGUUUCAGCUCGUUCGGGAUCUCAUUCCUUUGAUACUUCUCAGAUGAAUAUGUCCCAUGUUGUUAACCAUCUAUCAUUUGGGCGGAGGAUUUUGCCUCAGAAAUUUUCUGAGCUAAAGCGCUUAUCACCUUAUCUAGGCCGAAACCAUGACCGUUUGGACGGACGUCCCUUCAUAAACCAACGUGAUCUCGGCCCUAAUGUUACUAUCGAGCAUUAUCUUCAAAUAGUAAAGACAGAGGUAGUGAAAAGCAAUGGACAGGUUAUGAUUGAAGAGUAUGAGUACACAGCACAUAGCAGUGUUGCUCAAAGUUACUAUUUACCAGUCGCCAAGUUUCACUUCGAGCUCUCACCGAUGCAG